UAUUGUAAUAACACUUAACACAAAUUUUAUUUUCAUAUUAAUUUAUUUCGAUCACUCUGUACUAACAAAUUAACAGCUGACAUGUUGUUUUUCAGUCAAAUAAUAAGAAACACAAGAAAAGUGAUGGGAACCGAAGUGAAGGCUAAAAAGGCUAAAAUUGAAGAAAAUGCCGGUGAAAUUACAACAAAUUGCGCCCAUUGGGUGCAGCGUAAGAAACGUUUUUGUAAAAUGACAGUAAAAACUGGUGAAAAAUAUUGUGGAGAACAUCAACCGGCGAUUGACACAGCACUACCUGUACAAGAUGAAGCAAGCCCUAAUAAAACCCGGAUACCAUGUCCAUUAGACUCAAAACAUACUGUAUUUAAGAAUAAACUACAAAAACAUCUUAAAAUAUGUAAUGCACGCGACAAAGGUGACACACCGGCUUAUAUUGAUAAGGGCAUUAAUGCUGGCGAGGUUGAUAGCGACGCACCGGAUUAUAGCAAGUUAAGAAUAAAUGAAUUAGCCGAUGAAGAAUUCUACGGAAUAGUGACACGUAUUAAAGAGCUUUAUACGAAGUAUGUUGAAAACAAAAUAGCAUCAUUAGAAUUCAGUCAUAAGUUAUUGGACGAAGAACUGGCUAACACUACAUAUGGCCCGGAAGCGAGAAAGCAUUUGUUGCAGGCAGCGGCUUUACUGGGAAUACUUGAUAACGACCAACAAAUACAACAAUGCACAAGUUAUAUAGAGUUUGGAGCUGGUAAGGGUCAAUUGACUUUUUACCUAGCACAACUGCUGGAAACCAUACCCGAUUCACAAGUUGUGCUUGUUGACCGUAUGUCGCUGCGUCACAAAAAGGACAACAAGAUCGAAGAUCGAACGCUGGUCCAUCGGAUACGUGCAGAUAUUGCUGAUUUUCGUAUGAACGGACUGGAGCUAUUAUGUCGCUCAAAGCGUUGUGUAGCAGUAUCAAAGCAUUUAUGUGGCGCUGCUACGGAUUUGACUUUGCGUUGCAUUACCCAAGAUGUAAGUGACGACUCAAAUGACAAAACACCAAACACUGGCUAUGUAUUAAUAGCGUUAUGUUGUCAUCACCGCUGCGAUUGGCAAGCUUAUGUGGGUAAAAGCUUCUUACAAGCGAACGGACUGACGUGCCGAGAUUUUGCAGUGAUUAGUAAAAUGGCUAGUUGGGCGAUAUGCGGUACCGGUAUGAGUCGUGAACGAAGACGUGCGCUAGAGGAGCAAUCACACACCCCCACGGAAAUUAUCGAUGCCAAUAAGACGCAACAACUGAGUUUGUCUGAGCGAGAGCGCAUCGGUGACAUGUGCAAACGCAUAAUUGACUAUGGUCGACUGCAGUAUUUGACAGAACAUGGUUUUGAAGCGGAGCUUAAAUACUAUGUUGCGCGUGAUGUGACACUGGAAAAUGUUUGUUUGCUAGCCAGAAAACCCAGAGAAUGUUAAUAAAUAGAGAAGGCGCAAAUGUUAGUUGUGCUAAAAUGUAAAUUAUUAAAAGGGAACAUCGAAAAUACGCAAAUUCGAUAAUUCAAUCACACCACAUCAAACAGGUACCUUCCCCUCAUGAUAAUCGAAUUCAACAAACCACUACUCAAAGCAGGAACCAAGUAAAUUUUCACCACCUUAUAAAGGAACGGCUAAUAUAUGUAUGCGCAGAUGUUCUUUGGCAUGCGUGCUAAGAAAAAUUAGAAUAACAAAAAGAAAUAACUGAUUUUGAAGAUCAUUUAUAUAAUGAGGAAAUUAAAUAAAAAGAAAUUUUAUAAAAAAGGUUUACAUAAAUUAAAAAGGAGUAAAACUACAUCUGUGCUAGGAUGUGUAUUUGCAAAAACGGAACGGACCCGGAUCUUAUCCGACCAA